AUGCUGGAGCAUUCGGACAAACUAGAAUACACCCACUACAACAUAGCCGGUGGAAACUGGAGCUCCCAAUACCAAGUUGUAACCAACGACACGCCAAUCUAUCAUAUCGAAAACGCCAGCCCAGCCGCCGACAAACCAGAACUAACCUUCUACACGGGCAACAGCACCAAUGGCCCCAUCGCUGCAAGCGGGAAAUACGUCCGCUUCUCAUCAGACGCCAAAAUCACCAUAGGCAAUACACCCAAUGCCGAGACAUCAGGCUGCACCACAACUUUGAGCAAAAAGGGAUUCUUCUCACCACGGCAUAUCUUCCAAAUGGACCUCCGGGGCGAGAAACGUACUUUCACCUGGAAGAAUACCGGGGCACAUGAGAGUUUCGGCCCUAUGGGCAGUUAUAAGCUGGUUGAUGAGCAGGAUCAGGCUGUGGCUGUUCUUUGUCCCGGUGGGGGUCUAGUGCAGAAAGAUGGAUAUUUCCAUGUAUACCCGUCUUGGGGGGACGAGUUUGAUCUGAUGGUUCUGGUGACUGGGCUUGUUGUUCGGGAGAAGAUGCGGCGGGAGAAGGGGGAGAGGUCUUAUGCUGCGGGUGGUGCUGCGUCUGUUGCAUGA